AUGGAAAGACAAACCCUAGCUUCGUCAUCUUCAUCAACCAGUGGAAUUUCAAUAAUUUCUCCUCCACCAGAAGAUGCGUGGAUUACUACUUAUCAAAAGCUACGCCCUCAGGGGCAAUCUCUGUCUUCUUCUAAUCAGACAGUGAUCCCAAUUGAAGUAUCCAGAGUUAAUCAGUUUGAUGCUGCGAGGCUGGAUAUUGAAAUGUCAGCUAUGCUAAAAGAACAGUUGGUUAAAAUCUUUUCUUUGAUGAAGCCAGGAAUGUUGUUUCAAUAUGAACCUGAACUCGAUGCUUUUCUUGAAUUUCUCAUAUGGAGAUUUUCCAUCUGGUUCGAUAAGCCUACUCCUGGUAACGCUCUUAUGAAUUUGAGAUAUAGAGAUGAACAUGCAGUUGAAGCUAGAGGAAAAGUCAGGACGGGGUUAGAGGGACCAGGGCUGACUAUUUUUCAGAAGAUCUGUUACUGUAUUUCUACAGUUGGUGGACAAUAUAUUUGGGCCCGUCUACAAUUAUUUUCUGCUUUUCGUAGAUGGGGUGAUACUGAGCAGAGAUCACUGGCACGUCGGGCAUGGUUUCUAAUGCAGUGUAUAGAAGGAUUUUAUAAAGCUGCAUCAUUUGGAAACCUACUCAUAUUUUUCUUGACAGGAAGAUAUAGAAGUCUUAUUGAGAGAGUAUUGCGGGCUGGACUUGUCUAUGGAAGUCCUAAUAUGAAUCGAGCUGUUAGCUUUGAGUACAUGAAUCGUCAAUUGGUGUGGAAUGAAUUUUCGGAAAUGUUACUGUUGCUGCUUCCUCUUCUCAAUUCAUCAUCUGUUAAAAAAAUUCUCCGUCCCUUCUCGAAGGAUAAUUCUUCAAAUUUAGAGGGUGAUGAAGCUUUAUGUCCCAUCUGCGAGGCAACUCCAACCACCCCAUUCGUAGCUCUUCCAUGUCAUCACAGGUACUGCUACUACUGUCUUCGAACACGGUGUUCUGCAAAUAUGUCAUUUCGGUGUUCCAGGUGUAGUGAGCCCGUCGUUGCUAUGCAACGACAUUGGGGUUCUGCCGGCAACAUUGUUACUCAGAAAGAAUGA